AUGGAAGGUAUGAAAGCGGAUGACCCAAAUGAACAGAAUGAAAGCGGAUCACAACGCAACAUAAGUACGAAAGCGAUGAAAGAUAUGGAAGGGAUGAAAGCGGAUGAGCCAAAUGAACAGCAUGAAAGCGGAUCACAAGUAUGGAAGCGAAUGAGCCGGAUGAAAAGUAUCAAAGCGGAUGACCCGAAUGAACAGUCUGAAAGCGAUGGAACGUAUGGAAGCGAUGAACGAGAUGAAAUGUAUGAAAAGUAUGAAAGCCAUGGAAAGUAUGAAAGCGAUGAAACCGAUGAAAGCGAUGAAAACGAUGAAAAGGAUGAAAACGAUGAAAACGAUGAACGAGAUGAAAUUACGAAAGCGAUGAAAGGUAUGGAAGGGAUGAAAGCGGAUGAGUCAAAUGAACAGCAUGAAAGCGGAUCACAACGAUGGAACGUAUGGAAGCGGAUCACAAGUAUGAAAGCGAUGAAAGGUAUGGAAGGGAUGAAAGCGGAUGGGCCAAAUGAACAGCAUGAAAGCGGAUGA